AUGGCUGCUUCUCCUUCCCCAUCUCAUUACCAUGAUUCCUCGUCCUACUCCGCAGAAUGGGAAUACGACGUAUUCUUGUGUUUUAGAGGCGCUGACACCGGCCAUGGUUUUACCAGCCACCUCAGAGCUGCUCUCUCCGACAACCAAAUCAAAACCUUCAUGAACGACGAGCUCGAAAAAACCAAGAGCAUCGACGGGCUAAUCUCUGUCCUCCAAAGAUCCACACUCUCGAUUGUGAUAUUCUCAGCAAAUUUUGCAGAUUCUACCUGGUGCUUGGAAGAGGUAGCCACCUUAGCGCGAAGGAUGCAGAAAUUUGGGCAUAAGGUGCUUCCAGUUUUCUACAAAGUAGAUCCAUCCGACGUAUUAGAGGAUUCUGGAAGCUAUGCUGCUGCCAUUGAGCAGAAACAUGGUGGUAGCAAAUCUCCAAAGGAUAUGAAGAGAUGGAAGGAUGCUUUGAAAGCUGUGGCUAAUUGUGUUGGCCAUACUUCACAAGUGAUCAUGUAA